AUGGGUACUUUGAAAAAUAAAGAAGCUAUCAAAUACUAUGAAAAGGUCUUCACUAGCCCUAAUCACCCUGACGAAGAUGACUUUACAGCACAUCUAACACUUUACUCAAAAGAGAUUAGCUCUGGAAUCGAGUUUGAUACUAUUGCGAAGUCGGUUAUUGUGAAAUUGAUCACACACGGGGUGCAUAACCGGCGCCUGAAUUGGAUAAUUCGCUAUUGCGGAAAGAUGCUUUUGGGGAUUCUCGCCUCCCCAUCCACAGUGCGCGAAGCGCAUUUAGCUUGUUUACGCCUUAUGGGAUUGAUUCUACGACGUAUCCAUGCCUUAGGGCGAUGUCGUUCGGAGGCUUUAGUAGAGCUCAUUGGCGACGAUUUAUCGGAACUAAGUCUUUCCACUGAGCUUGCCUCACGAGGUAGUAAAGAUGCUCAGAAACUAUGUGAGCUUCUCUUAGAAUACGCAACCCAGGUGAAGCUUGACGUUAACACAGUUGUUACGCAUGCGGAAGUGGCUUCUUUACUUCUUAGCAUGUGCUCUUCCACUCUUCACCAUCCUACCCAUGCUGAAGAGACUUCGAUAGAUAUGUUUCUGGAAAUGAUACUCAACCACGAGCGGCUGGAGGCACUCGUUGGAGUACUUUUGAGGUGUAUUAUUGACUGGAAUGAGUACCCAGAGCAGAUGAAGCCGAUUUUAUACAACGCAGACCCAAAGCUCACUCUCACCAAACUUUUUUCCUGGUUUACCGGUCCUUCCAAUGAUGACCACCGCGCGCGCUCCGAGAAGGCGGAGGAUCUAACCAAUCCUGCGAUUCAAUCAAGCUGUAGCUACUGGGAACUGACAUUUCGUCAUCUCGCGCAAUUCUUGGCGUUAUUAGUAAUUUAUCAAAGGGGCAAUAAACCUAACCCGGUAGUGGAGUAUAUUAAGAAGCUGAAGGAUGGCCAAGUCGUGAGAUUUCCCGCUCUUAUAAAGGCUAUCGCCACGCGGCUGCCAAGAUGCCCUUCUCUUUGCACGCUGCUCUAUGUUUUCCUUUACGAUCAUGAUAGCUUUUUGCCCGACAUCCUUGCCUCUGAUUCUAGACAAUUAAUGGGUGCGAUUCAAUCUCUACAGAACCUCAGCUAUGUAGUCUGCAUCAAUGUGAAUUCGCAUGAGGCCCCUAGCACCACCCUCCUCGCACACGGGAGCGGCGGGGAGGACGGCUCUGGGGUGGAGAUCACCAAAUCGACCCAUAGCUCGAGCUCCUUAGCCCAUUUGAUGUAUAACACGACGCAAUUUUCGUACCCUUUUAUUUGUUUUAUGACUGCCACUCUGCUUUUGAUGCUCUCUCAGGUUUCUUUUCUACGUCAGCAAGCCUUUCGCAUGCUCGGGCUACAGACCCUGCCGUUGAGGCGCUACGCCGCUCGCGAGCUCACCGUCGGGGCUUCUUAUCUGAUAGUGAUGGCGGUUGGCAUUGGCAAAGCCGUCAAGGACCAUAACGAGCAGCUCGCAUUGCUCUAUGCGUCGUGUAUGAAUAACCUCGCCCUCCAGGUCCGCGAUAUCGAUUCUUACACAUCCCAACGUCUUCUCAUGCUUGUUGUCUUUCUUUUAAAGAGGAUGCAGUUCUUGGAAAGGGAAUAUCAACUGCUCAUCAAAGAUCCAGGCGAGAAUGCCUUGAAUGAGAGCUUAAAGCCCGCUUCGACUCAACCAGGCGCCUUCUUACACAGCGAGGCGCAAUCGAGGAUAGAAAUGAACCCACCAAUAGGGAGGACCACCGAAGAAAUCGAAAGCGAUGGACAAUUGUAUCUUAACCUGCUUGAUAUCGUGGUGGAGGCUCUUGACGUGAUGCUCCUGCGUGACCUUAAUUGUAAUAACGAAUGCCUUGUUUACGAAUUGCUUUAUCAUCGAGAUAAAAUUAUCAUUUCAUGCCCUUUCAAAGAUCAAGGUUCUAAUCCGAAUGCGAAUACGAGUGAAUUCUUGGAAAACUCAGAGCAUUUCAUCCCUUACGUGAGGGAAAUACUGUCUAACCUCUCCAAAUGUAUUCUGAGCUACGAGACAGAGCUCGCAAGUGUCCCAAACACAAGCAAACGGAAUGAAGUGAUUCAUAUCAUUCGCCAAUUCAAUCAAGCGCAAGGCUCUUCGGAAUCCCUGCAAGAGUCUUCUAAGGAGGAUGCUAGAGAUGGUUCUUUCACCCCUUGUAAGUUUCUGGACAUCGACAAAUCCUUGAUGAGCUCUCCCAAACCCUCAGUGUCAGCGGAUGAUAUCGCUGAAAACGCAAAGACAUUUGAAAUCCCAUACGUAUACGAGGAAAGCCCGCACAGCUAUGAUUUUUUUGCGCCUUUUGUGUGGUCCACCAUGUUAAACGACGCCCGUUUUCCAGGUGGUAUCCUGUGGUGCAGUAAUAUCAAGGAAUUACCCUUAUUUUUAUCUUAA